AUGGUUCUACUUUCAGACCCUUACUACAAGGACGAAGACAAAGAAUACGUUCCAUCAUCCACUUCCGAAUCAGAUGCAAGCGAAGACAAUCCUGACUCUGAUACCGCUGAAGUAGUUUCAAUAGAUGAGGCGGUACAUAUCACUCCAGAUAAGACAAGAAAAAGGCUACGACGUCCAUCUGAAUGGAAGAUCAACAAAAUAAAAUGCUCUAGAGCUGCAGGGAAAGAGGAUGUGUCUAACAACAAGGUGCAUAAAAAUAAGUCGCUGCGACCGUAUCAGCAAAUGCAAUAUAAAUAUUUGUGA